UCUAUUUUUGUUUGUGGACCCAGGAGAAGAAAUUUGGUUUUCUACAGAAAGUGAAAAUAGUUUAACACUUUGGACUGAUAAACAAACAUAAGCUGUACUGAGAUUCGAGUCACUGUAAGAUGUGAUGGAAUCCUCGUUCAAUGAUCUAUUGUAUGUGACCCUUUUUUUUCACCCUAGCACCUCAUUCAUUCUCUAUGACACAGGCUACCUGUUUUGCUUGAGCCUUCUUUGGUGACACAUACCCUCUUUUAAUUUGAGUCAUCUAAGUUUUAUUUAUCUGGCACCUUUCUGCAGCUGUUUUCCCUCCGCUAACUCAUGAUCUAUUCUUUAUCUUUUUGAAGGUCAUCCGGUGCUUCCAAUCUCUCUGCUUUGCCAAAGAUCUCGCCUUCAUCUCUCACAAACAAUCAUAACAGCAGCUUCAACAGCAGGAAGUAAGGUUGAGUAGUAGUAGAGGGGCAGAUGUGUGGAUGUCAACAGCCAGAGAUGGAGCAGUGUUGUUGAGUUUUGCUAAACUCCGUCACUGUCCGUUUACCGUAUCCAAUUUUACUCAAGCAUGCCUAUCUCUGGCUGUGGAUUCGGGUCUUCUAGAAAAUUGCUAAGAAUGCAGUUUCAAUUGUUUGAGUUGACAGCAAGGAAAAAUGUGAUUGAUUUCUUUCUAAUUCCGUGACAGCAGUGCUCUCCGCAAGUGGCCUAUGGUGCCUCUGGGUAUCUCAGUCAGCAUAUAUCUGUGGGAGUUAAUAGCCCACAUCCAGUGUGGCAAACUUUCUUGAUUUCACCUGACUGCCUUCAUUCCCGUGUGCACAUACAGUAGAUUUACUCGCACAUUCGUGCAGUUAGUAGACGUUUUUAUUUCUUCAAUGGCCCACAGCAGGUGAUGCAAGUCAAAAUCAGGUGAAUUGAUUACACCUUACCAAUGAGCUAUGCUAAUAUCAAUGACGUGCUUACGUUGCGAGUUGCUACCUAUCAUUUCACCUUAAAAUCAACACAAACUUGCAACUUUAUAAUAAAUAGGCAAAAAUGUCACUGAACUGGUUUUGUGUUUAAUAAAUUACAUGAUUAGUUCUGGGGGGAAAAUAACUGAUUAUUGUUUAGCAGCGGCAUUAUGAUAAUGCUAACUUAGAUUUAUAGAGCAUCUUUUAAGGGAUGCAGGGAUCCUUAACAAUAACUCAUGGGGUACUUAAAAUGUUGAGUAUGUUCUGACUGGCUUGACAGUGAAGAGCAGUGUGAUGGAAGAUUCCAGUCGAGGUCCAGUGAACAGCCAGGUAAGGUUCCUUGUUUGAAGACAUAUCAGAAAGCAGCUUGGUAAACAUCUCAAGAUGAUCUGAUCUAGAGAAAGGUCCAGCUCGCUCUUGGCAGUGGUUAUGUUACAACAAACAAGUCAUCCAGUUAUUAGAAAGCACCGUUUAUGGAACAGGCGAAAAUCUAAACUAAAUUGGAGGUUGUCUCCAGCCAAGCAUUUUCUUCUUUAGACGCACAACAUUAUUUCCACAAAUUAAGAAAAUGUAAUAAACAAUUUUAUCGGAUUUAUUUCUGGCCCAUGCCUUAGCUUAUUUAAUGACUAUGAUCCCUCAAGGGGUAAUUCAUCAAUUUUUAAGCAUAAAAGAAAUUCUAAUCUCUCAUAUCUGUGCAGUUUUCCCCCCUUCAAGGCAAGAUUAACCUGAGCUCAGUGUCGUUUCAGCUAGGGAGGUUGACAGCUAAAGCGAUGGAACCUGGAGGCUACGUCAGCCCCCUUGCUGGAGAGCACUGCCUGUCUGAGGCGUGAAGAAUUCAACCUUUAGCUUACCAUCCUACCACACCAACAGUAACAGCUAUGACUACUCUGAGCAGAGCCGACAAAGUGAACACGCGGGCCUCUGUGGACUGUCGAACCUUGGCAACACUUGCUUCAUGAACUCUGCUGUGCAGUGUUUAAGUAAUAUCCCUCCCCUGACGGACUACUUCCUCAAAGACAAGUACACGAGUGAGCUGAAUGUGGACAACCCACUGGGCAUGAAGGGAGAGAUUGCCAGAGCCUACGCUGAGCUUAUAAAGCAACUGUGGUCCUGCAAAUACAGCUAUGUUACGCCAAGGCCUUUCAAGACCCAAGUGGGCCGCUUUGCCCCUCAAUUCUCAGGGUACCAGCAGCAGGACUCUCAUGAGCUGCUGGCCUUUCUCCUGGAUGGUCUUCACGAAGACUUGAACCGGAUCAGGAAGAAGCCGUACAUCCAGCUGAAGGAUGCCAACGGCCGGCCCGAUAAGGUGGUGGCCGAGGAGGCUUGGGAGAACCACAUCAAGAGGAACGACUCCAUAAUUGUUGACAUCUUUCAUGGCCUGUUUAAGUCUACCUUGGUGUGUCCUGUGUGCUCCAAGGUCUCCGUGACUUUUGAUCCCUUCUGCUACUUGACGCUGCCUCUGCCCAUGAAGAAGGAGCGCACACUGGAGGUUUAUCUCGUCAGAUUGGAUCCUCUGGCCAAACCCACGCAGUACAAACUGACUGUGCCAAAGGUGGGCUACAUAUCAGACCUGUGCACCUCCCUCUCCAGUCUGUCUGGGGUGCCUGUUGAAAAGAUGAUCGUAACAGACAUCUACAGCCACCGUUUCCACCGGAUCUUCGCCACCAAUGACAACCUUAGCAGUAUCAUGGAGAGAGAUGAUAUCUACGUGUUUGAGAUUGCGGUGAACCGAGUGGAGGACACGGACCACGUUGUGAUCCCAGUCCACCUGAGAGAAAAGUACAAACAGUCAGGAUACAACCAGACCAGCACGCCGCUGUUCGGGCAGCCUUUCCUCAUUGCUGUGCCUAGGAUGCUUAAUGAGGACAAACUCUACAACAUGCUUCUACUACGCCUCUGCCGGUUUGUGAGAUCCACUGUUGUGGAAGAUGAGGAUGACUGUGAAGAGACCCAGUCAACCAAACAACACACUGUCAACGGCAAUGCCACCAAUGGCGUAUUGGAGGAGGGGUCGCCAAGUGAAAUGGAGACUGAUGAGCAGGACGAUGAGUCCAGUCAGGAUCAAGAGUUGCCCUCCGAGAAUGACAACAGCCAGUCCGAGGACUCCGUGGGCGGGGACAACGAGCUGGAGAACGGUGUGGUUGCCCCGCAGAUCUCCACGAAAGGCCAACAGACCAGCGGGCACAGCAAAAAGAGACUUUUCACAUUCCAGCUCAAUAACAUGGGAAAAAUUGACUUUUCACUCAUCAAGGAGGACACGAGGCAGAUCCGGUUUGAUGAGGGACACUUACGGCUCAAUGACCGGUCUUAUCUGUCUUUGGAUUGGGAGCCGAAGAAGAAGAAGAAGUACUUUGACGACACGGUUGUUGAGGACUUUGACAAGCACGAGAGCAUGGAGUACAAGCCUCAGAAGAAGGCCUACUUCAAGCUAAAAGACUGCAUUGAACUGUUCACCACUAAGGAGAAGCUGGGAGCUGAGGAUCCUUGGUACUGUCCAAACUGUAAGCAACACCAGCAGGCCACAAAGAAGCUGGACCUCUGGUCAUUGCCUCCAGUGUUAGUGGUCCAUCUGAAAAGAUUCUCCUACAGUCGCUACAUGAGGGAUAAACUAGACUCCCUGGUUGACUUCCCACUCAGCGAUCUGGACAUGUCAGAGUUCCUGAUCAACCCCAACAGUGGACCGUGUCGGUAUGACCUCAUCGCUGUCUCCAACCACUAUGGCGGCAUGGGCGGAGGCCACUAUACUGCUUACGCCAAGAACACAGAUGAUGGAAAGUGGUACAACUUUGAUGAUAGCAGUGUGUCACCUGCCAGCGAGGAUCAAAUAGUGUCCAAAGCGGGCUACGUGCUCUUCUAUCAGCGCCAGGACACCGUGAAAGGCACCGGCUACUUCGCUCUUGACCGUGAGAAAGAGGAGGACAACGAGGAAGAGGAGGAGGAGGAGGAAGAAGAAGCUGAGGAUGAGGAGGAGAAUGAAGGGAGACGGAGCGCCGCCUCGGUUCGGGGUGCAGCGUCUCCCGUUGCCGCUCUAAGCGAGGACCUGAACGAGAACCGGUGCGGUAAAGGUGACGAGUUGGAACAGGAAGACGAGGAGGAGGUACCCUGUCGAGAUGUCACCAUGAGUGCCAACUGACAAGCGAGCACAUAAAUAAUAGGAAUGAGCGAGAGAGAGAAAUCUUUCCAUCCAAAGCCAUAUGGAUACACAGCAUGGCAAGCAGGUGCCAUCGGGCCCACCCGGGCUCGCCAGGUGGCGCCAAAGUGGGCGGAACGUUAGCGGUACGCUGAGAAUUCAGAGCCCUCCUCUGUGGCUGAAUCACUGUUUGUGUGUGUGUGUGUGUGUGUGUGUGUGUGUCACCUGUUGCGUUUUUUUUGUUUCUAAAGGAAUUUGUGGCCGUUUGAUUCAGAGCAGUUUGUGUCUUUUAUAUAUCUCUGAGAGAAAGUUCUGAUUUUAAUAUCCUUAGUUUGUACAUAUUUUAAGCACUGAACAGUCAUGUGGUGUCAAUCUGCGCUGAAGCAUUCUGAACUUGCACAAUCACCAACCAUCCACUUUAAAAAAUAUCUUUUUAAAAUUUUGUUCUUAUUGCCAGACACGGCGGUACUUCAGAGAUGAAUGUGAUGUGACUUUUUUUCCUGAUAAACACCAACAAGGUGUGCAGGAAGCUGCCUUCAUUAACGCACACGAUGCGUAAUCUCAAGUCUGGACGCUUGUUAGAUUUUCAUUUUUUUUGUUUUCUGAUGAAUUUUUUAAAAAUUAUUAUUAUUUAAUGCCAAACUUGUGACGAGCUUCGGUCCGCUGCUCUUGCUGUGACCUUAUUUCGCGUCCAGCUCUGUGUGGCCUCUUUUGCCACUCAACCCAAAGCAUGUCUGCAGCAAGAUGCUUUUGUGCUAAAUUAAGACCGUCAAUAAUGACAUGCCAUCGAUUUACAAAUUAUAGGAGUUGUGUCUUUAAAUAGUCUGCAAUACUUUUUAGUGUUCGGAUAAUGUGUGUGUGCUCAGCCUUAAAUCUUAAUCUCACACACUUCUCCUCCCCUUUGCAUGCACGGCCCCUUUAAAACCACUUGAAUGUCCAGGAGUCAAGAAGCUCUGCUUGGCACGUCACAGCCACAUAAUCUCCUUUUUCGUAAUCCACAGGAGGGCCAGAAUGUAUGCGAAGUGACCACUGACCACAUGUAUGUGAUUGCCUUUUUUUUUCUCCCCCUUAAAAGGGCCGUAUUUGUUUAUUUGUGUUUUUUUUAUUUUUUGUUUUCCCUUCUGGUUGGUUGAAUGUGAUGGUGAUGGCUUCUCUCGCCUUUGGACUCUGGCUGAAUGCUUCUUGUUGUGUUUCUGAGCUUCUGGGGGUUAGGGACUGAGGUUUGGGGGUGAGUCAGCCUUCAAAAUGGGAAAAAAAGGCUUUUUCAGCAUUUGGGAUUACGAUCAAGUGGAGUUAUUUCGUGGCAGGUUGUUUGUUCCAGGGUAUUCCUCCAUUGGCGAUGCAUUUAUUCUCCAUGGUGGAGUGUGGCUGUCUUUGCUUUCAGCUUGGCGACCCGUCGCUUUUUGAGCGUCUCUGUGUUUCUCGCCUCGCUUUUGGCCGACUCACCCCUUCCCGAGUGAGCGCGAACGAGACCGCUACGAUAGACUUAUACCGUACUGUACAUAAGAGUUCACUCUGUGAGUGCACAUUUGAUAAAAGUUUAUUUAUUUAUAUGUAAGCAUUUCAUAAGGAAACAAUAUAUUUAAAACCCUGGCAAGAGUGGAAUGAUUUUGAAUAGAAAUGGUGAGGUGGUGUUGCUUGUGCUCUUGUCAGGGAGUGUUUUUUUUUUUUUUUUUUUUUUUUUUUAAAAAAAAGGAUGUCUUGUUUUUGUGAAUAAUCCAGGCAUCCUUGCAUGAUGAGGGGUUUCCAGGUUUGGCUGCACUUGGGUUUACAUUUGAAAUGUGCAUGUGUAUUUAUACACAAUGUUCAAUAAAGUUGUGUAAAGCGU